AUGCAAUAAUUAGUUCGAAAGUACAUAUUAAAGAAACUAAAGUCAUUUGUUCCUGAUUUAAAUGAACAUUAGAUAUCUUUAGCAUUAAGCUAAGGGUAUUUGUAAUUGGAUAAUAUGGAUAUUGCACCAUUACAGAUAGAGAAUUUUAUAAUCACAGCUACUGUUUCUUGUUUUAUAAUGAAGUUAUAAUGGAGUUCGUUGCAUUUGAAGGUGGAAAUAUAGAAUGUCAAAGUGAUGAUAUAAAAAGCAUAAGGCUUGAAGAAAUAAGAGAAAAGUAGUGAAAGUAAAAAAAGCAAAAUGUCUAUUCCAAUUAGCAUAGCAUUAGAUAUAAAUGAUGUAGAGAUUAAUUUUAUGAAUAUGUUAAUGAUAAAAAUAAUGCAUUUAAAAUGUGAGAUAAAGAAUAGACAGAAUUUAAUAAAUGGAGAGUUGAAUGAAUUGAAUUUGAAAUUGAAUUACAAUGAAUAAAGUUUUGCAUAAAUAGGUAUAUAAUAAGUGAGAUGGGAUGUAAAUAUAGAGUAGGAAACAGUAUAAACAUAUUUAGAAUGUAUUUAUCUAAAGGAUAUGACAAAUUAGAGGAUGUAAAAAUUAGUUAAGUUGUUGAAGAUAGGUUUGAAUAUAUCUAAAAAUGUGUAUAAUAAACCGUUGGUAAAGAUUUCAAUUGAAAAAGGUGUUUGUCAUUGGAAUGCUAAGGUGAUACAUACACUAAUUUAUAGUGGAAUUGAUUUUGCUUUAUAAUUUAUAACAAUGCCUUAAAAAUAAUAGAUAAGAUAGACAGAUAUGGAGAAUCCAGAUUCUUUAGCAAUAUCAAUAGAAGUUAAUAGUAUAAAAUUACAUUGUCAAAACAAUUAUAUUCCAUUGGGUCUAUUGUAGGGAUCUAAUGUUACAGUAUUUAUAAAAGUAAGUAAAUACAUUGGAGAUGUAAUAAUUGAAGGUAAAGAUUUGUGUUAUUAUGAAUAAUCAAAUUAUCCUCAUUAGAUGAUUGUAAAGAAGGGAUUUCAAAUGAUAAAGAGUGAAUAAUUGAUAAUUUUGAUAAAGAUUUAUGAUGAUUAUUGUCCAUUAUAAAUGAUUAAUAAUGAUCUUUAUAAUUUUGUAGAAAUCAAAUUAAAGAAAGGAUAGAUUUAUUAUAUGUAAUAACCAUUUUUAAGAUUCAUGGAUUGGUUAAUUGAAUAAUUUAUAUCUUUAAUUAUCAAGGAUUAUGGAGUUACUUCAAUUCCUAUAGAUAUUAUUGAAUAAAAACUUAGAGAUCAUAGAUUUACAUCAAUAAAAUUAAGUAUAGAAGAUAUUUGUGCAUAUUGUAAACCAAUUAUAACUAGUGAUGAUGGAUUAAAAUUAGUUUGUUCUUCUUUUGCUCUUCAUACAGAAAUAAGAGAAUGUAAUGAUAGAAGUAAUAUGACAAUAUGGGAAACAUUAUUAUGUAUGGAAAUAAAAGAUAUUUUAAUAAGUGUAAUAAUUAAUAAAGGAGAGUCUAUUAUAUCUUAAAUGAUGAAUUGUGAAUUGAUAGUUAGUAAAUGUGGGUUCUCAUAAUUGUAUAUUCUUAAAUAGAUUCCAUUAGAUCGUACAUUUAAGAUUAACAUGUAUCUAUCUGCUCCUAAACUUUAUGUUUCCAAAAAAACGUAUUUACUAAUAAUGCGAUUAUUAUUUAAUAAUAUUCUUUAUGAUGAUACUCUUGAUUAGUUGUAUCUAUAUCAAAUUAACAAACCUAGUAAUUAAUUAAAUUAAUGAAAGCCCCUAUUCUCCUAGAACUCAGGAUGGAUCAAAUCAAUCUAAAAUGUGAAGAUGACUUGUCACUCAUUGGUAGUUAACUUCUUAUACGUUUUCAUCGCUAAGUAGAUUAAUCACAAAUAUUCUUAAAUCUAUUAGAUUUUGUUGCCUAUCACAAAUAACAUUUAAUUCUAUCUAAAUUAAAUAUUGAUGAUUAACAUUUUGUAGAAUAUAAAUAAACUAAUAAAUAAACUGGAUAAAAAGAUAUUUAAAUAUUAAUACCAGGAGUUAAUGGAACUCUUAAUUUAAAUUGGUUAUUUACUUCUAUUAAUUUCUUUUUAAUUGAUGAUACUGUUUAAUUAAUACUCCCUUUUGAUAAUAAUGUUCUCAAACCUUUAAAUUUAGAACUUAUUAUUCAAUAAGUUGAUGUUUUACUUUAACCAUUACAUUAAGAUACUACAUUCUAAGCCAAAGGUAAUUUACUCUUGGUUUUCAUUAAAAAUUAAUCAUAAGAUAUACAUUAUGCAUAUCAUUAAGAACCACUUUUUGAUGAUAAUACUCCUAGUAGUUGUAUGAAAAUUGAAUCAAGUUAACUUACUCUUUAUGUAAAUGAAAAUGGUAAAGAACCAAAAGAAGUCUUUCAACCUAUUUCUGUUUAAUGGAAAUCAUAGAAUUUUUAAUGUUAUUGUACAUAAACACAUUAAUUUCUUAAUGAGUCUAAUCUCAAUCUUGAAAAUCUUAAAUUAUAUUUAACUAUUGAAUAAGGACUUAAAUUAAUAGAUUUAAUUAAAUAUCUCAUUUAAUCAAUGUGGGAUGCUAAUUAAUUUGGAGAUUAAUGGAAUGAAAGAUAUUCUCUUAUAUCAUAAAGUCGUAAAUCUUUUAAUAUAGAUCAUCUAGAACUUUGGUUAAUGAGUUCCAAAAAAAACACUAUUGUACCAAUCCUUACUACAUUUAUAUCAUUAACUCCACUUUUUCUUCAUUAAUCAUAUUAAAAAAUGUUAUUAUCUGGAAAUAUUAAAAUAGAAGCUUCCUAUUUCAAUCCCAUGAUUGGUAUUUUAGAACCAAUUCUUGAAAAAUUUUCUUUUGACCUCAUGUUUUUAAGAAAUAAACUUAAUACACCUAAUAUACAUCUUCAAAUUGAAACCAAUAAAAGUAGUAAAUUUUCUUAAUUAAAUAUUGUAUUCCAUUAAAAUCUUAUCAUUUUAUUAAAUGAUCUUUAUAAUGUCAAUAAAAAAAAGAAAGAUCGAAAGAAAAGUACUAGAAAAUCAAUUAAUAUUUAAGAAAUUAUGGAAUCACCAUAAAAUGAAACUAUUAUUCUUUUUAACAUUUAAAAUUAAAGUGGAUAUGAUCUAAGUAUUACUAUUGAUGAAAAAACACUUACUAUUAAAAAUGGUAAUAAAACAGAUUUUAAUGCAACAUUAAGUUAAAUUGAUAUCUGGAGAAAAUAUAAUAGACUCAAUGUUGAAUUUUACACUCUUAAUAAAAAAUUAAUUAAACUAAAUAAAGUUGAAUAAAAUUCAUAAUAACCAUUUAAAAUUGAUAGAUAAUAAUGUUAUCUAUAUUUUACAUCAUACAUUAGUAAAUUAACAAGAAUCAUUAAAAUUCAAGGAUAAUUAACUAUUACUAAUUGUACACUAUUUGAAUAAUAAAUUGAUAUUAUUCAUCAUAAUAAUGUAAUUUGGAAUAAAUUACUAUAAGUUAAUGAAAGAGUUGCACCUCCUGGAGAACUCAUUUCAGAUUAAUAUUUCAUUAGAUUUACUCUUUAUAAAAGAAUAUAAGAAUUUUCUGUAAGUUUAAAAGCUCUCUUACAUUCAGAAUUUACAUAUUUAGAAAUACCUUAGGGUGAUUAAUUUGUUAUUCUAAGUUCAGAAGAUGAAUUUCAAAAUACUAGACAUUUCAAAUUGAGUGCAUGUCUUGUUGUACAUAAUUCUUUACCAUGUCCUCUCAAUAUAACAAUUAAGUAAUUAAUUUAAUAAUUCUAGUGAAGAAUAAUAAAGUAUUGCAGUUAAUGAUUCAUUAUAAUUCUAUUAUUACACUUCUAAAAAUUAGAUUGAUUAUUCAGUUGAAAUAUUAGAAUUUCAAUCUAAAGAAAUAUUUAAAUAUUAACCACUUGAAUCAAAUUAAUAAACAGAAAUAUAAUUAAUUAAUGAAGAAGGUAGUAUCAUUAAAAUUAUGUAAAAGAUUACAUUAAUUAAAGGAUCUUUAUUUUUUUAUUUCUAUCCUAAAAUAUGUCUUAUUAAUACUACAUCAAUAAAUUUAAAUUAUCAUACUCUUGUUAAGAAUUAAAAAUUAGAUAUAGCUUUAUUCAAUAAUAAUUAUACAUUCCUAUUUAAUGAAGCUAAUUUAAUUCUAUCUUAUAAUAAUUAUUAUUCUAAUGAAUUUACUAUUAAAGCUAUAGGUGAUACUAGUGUUGAAAUUAAAGUUAGAAAAUAGUAAUAAUUUGAAUUACUUGAAUUUGGAAUCAAUAUUAGUCUAUUAGAAACUGUUAAAUAAUUAGGUUUAUAUAGUACUAUCAUUGAGAUUGCUCCUAGAUAUGUAAUUAUAAAUUAAACUGAAAAUGUGAUGUAAGUUUAGUAAUAGAAUUCAUAUGGUAGUCCAUUUAAUAUAGAUCCUAAUUCAAGAUUAGCAUUUAAUUGGACUGAUUGUACAAAAGAGUAUUAUUCAAUUUCAUUUUUAUUUUAGGAAAAUGAUAGCUAUCAAAUUCAAAAAUACCAAAUGGAGUGAGGGUUUAUAUUUAUCAGAUAUGAGAACCAUUCAUUUUAGUAUGUUACUAAGGUAAGAAGAUAAAUCUAAAAUAUUUAUGUAAUGUGUUAUUGUUAAAAAGAAAGCUACAUUCUUUGUAACUUUUCUUAUAGAAUAAGCACCUUAUAAAAUAAUUAAUUAAUGUUCAAAUUAUUCAAUUAGAUUUGCUUAGAUUGGUUCUGAAUAAGAAGAAAAUAUAGGAUAUAAUUAAUUCAUUGAAUUUUCUUGGACUUUUCCAUCUUUAAAACCUAUUUUGAUAUUUAAUGUUACUAAUGAAUAAGAUCAUUGUGAAUUUCAAUUUGAUUUAUUUAAAUCUGAUUCUACAUUUUGUUAGAAGAUUAGUGUUACAAAAAGUAUCUAUUUUAGUAUUUAUUUUGAAAACAGUGUUAAAGUUAUUAAAAUAAUGGAAAAUUAGGAAUAAUAAUUUAUUAGUGAUUAAAUUAAUAAAUUAAUUUAUAUUAAUUUAUAAAUGAUCACAAUAAGUAUUAUAAUGAAUGAAAUUAAGCCUAAAGAAUUGAAUUUGAUAACUUUAAGUAAUUUUGAAGUUGGCAUUUAAGAAAUUAAUAGAAUUAUAUCAUAUUAAUUUAAAUUAAAAUUUAUUAAUAUAGAUAAUAAUUAUUCUUAUGAUGCUUUAAAUUAAGUAUUAUUAACACCAUAAUAAUUUUAAAGUUAUUUAGAAUAAUAGAAUUAUGCUAUUGAUAUUAAAUGGGCAGUUAAUUAAUAACAUGCUAAUAUUUUAAUGAUAGAAUAUUUCUUUGCUUAUAUAGCACCAUUAGAACUUAAAUUAGAUUAAGAAUAUCUAUAUUAAUUAAUGGCUCUUAAAAAAGCAUUGACUUUUGAAAAAUAAGAUAUUAAUAUCUAACAUUUUACAACAUCUAAAUAUUUAUUUAAUUAAAAUAAAUCAUACUAAACAAAUUAAAAUCCUUUUUAUGAAUGGAUGAUUGUUGAAAUUCCUCCACCAUCUGGAAAUGUUUAUAUUAAAUAAUUAAUACUUCCUGUAUUAAAAAUUAGAUUUUCUUUUUAAACAUUAUAUUAAUAAAAUCAAAAUUUCAUUUUAAAUGUUAUUGCAAAUUCAUUAGAUUUUGCUGUAAAGAAUAUUGAUAAUGCUCCAAUAACUUUAAAGGGUGUUAAAAUGGAAAACAUUUUUGAUACUUAAUAAGGUCUUUAAACAAUUAUUAAAGAACAUUAUAAAUUUGCUUUAUUAAAAUAAUUCCUAUAAAUUUUAGGUUCAAUUGAAAUUCUAGGUAAUCCAACCUCAUUUUUAAAUCGAAUUUCAACUGGAGUAGUUGAUUUAAUAGAAAAACCAAUAGAAGCUAUGUCUUUAGGUCCAUUGGAAAUGGGUUUAGGAGUAUUAGAAGGAGCAUCAUCACUAAUAAAAAAUACUGUAGCAGGAGCAUUUUAUAGUGUAAAUAAAAUAACAGGAAGUAUUGGAAACUAAAUAAGUUUAUUAUCAUUUGAUGAAGAUUAUAUAUCAUCUAGAAGGAAAUUUAUGUAAAGAAAACCAUCAUAAUUAUUUGAAGGAAUUUAUUUGGGAAUUCAUGCAUUAAUAACUGGAAUAGGAGAUGGAGUAGUAGGAUUCUUUUCACAUCCUUAUUAACAUGGAAAAAGAGAUGGAGCUGUUGGGAUAUUGAAAGGAUCAACAAUUGGUAUUGCUGGAGUCAUUAUAAAACCUUUAACAAGUGUAUUUGAUGCAGCAUCUAAGACAGCAGAAGGAUUAACUAAUACAGCCACUUAUUUUGAUGAUCAUCCAAAUACAUUAAGGAUGAGAGAUAUUAGAGCAUUUUAUGAAAAUAGUAGAUACAUAAAGGCAUAUAAUGAAGAUGAUUCCUUCUUUUUAAAUUAUUUGAGUAGUUACAGUAUUGUUUUAAUUGAUGUUUUUGGGUUAUAUGAUUUAGAAAUGAAAAAAGAUAUGCAUUUAGUAAUGACACAAACUUUGUUGUUUUAUAUGAAUAAACAAAGUGGCAUUAAAUGGCAAUAACAAGUAAAUUCUAUUAGAGAUUAUAAACUAUAUUAAGAUGAGAAUAAUCCAUCAAUACUUAGACUUUAUCUAUUUUUUGAGAAAGAAUAAAUACUGAAACUUAAAUUUUCAAAGGUGCCAUAUCAAGAUUAAAUAAAUUAGAAACUAUAAAAUAUGAUAGAAUAAAGUUGA